AGCGCCGCAUGGCAACGGUAAUCGAAACGGGUAACGGUAACGGUACGGUCUAUCGGAAAAUGUGACGGAAUAUUGGCGGGAUUUAUGCGUGUUAUAAUUUAUUUUCUUUAUUUAACGCGUUGAUAUCGUUACCAUUGUUAGCUUAACAAAGAGAGAAUAGUCGUCGUUUUAGUCGUGAAAAAAUGGUACCGUUCCUCAAAUACUAAAAGAAACAAGACCUAAAGAAUGAGUGAUGAUGUGUGUGCUACCUAUGCCACUACCAAACUAAAUAAAGUGAUUGUUAUUGAGAUACCCAUUAGGUAUUAUCCCACCAAAUGAGUGAUUAAAUAAUUCCCACAACCAUGUCUUCCGGGGAGUGGGACCUGAAAGCGCUGAAGGCGCUCGAGGAAGAGGAGCAGCGCGAGUUCCUGGCUCUCAGCCAGAAGAACCUCUUUGAUCCGCUGCCCAAUCCCACUUCCGAUGCGGCCAGUGCGAAGCCAUCGCUCACCUACGCCCAGCUGCAUCCCCAUCUCCUAAAGCUGCCAACGAUUGACGAGUGCCAGCUGAUGGCCGUCAAGCAGCAGAGAUCGGCAGCCCUGCGAUUCAGUCGGGCCCUUUCCCUGUCCGCUCACUCGCUGACCUCCCGAACCGGAAGCGGUACGGCAGGCGGAAACGGAAGUGCCCUUGGCUUCGGCCGCAAGCUGAAGGCCCGCUUGGUGGGCGCCAAAUCCAGUGGUUCACUGUCACCUGGUCGUCAUUCGCACAGCUACAGUGUGUCCCCGGUAUACACGCCGCCCCCCAUGCGAAGAUGUGCCACACUGCAUCACACGCAACCGGUGCGAAAGGUCUUCAAAAAUCUCCAGCAGUUGCAUGAGCGGAAACGCCAGGCGGCCGGAAAUCACAUGCAGAGGAUCGCUGGCACCGGAAAAACAUACUGGAAGUACGGAGCUAAUUCCACGGCCGCUUCGAUAGUGGGACAACGUGCACGCCAAAGCCAACAGAUCGAUGUGGAGGAGUCCAAUGGGUCCGACGAAGUGAACUCGGAACCUCAAGAAUUCUCGGAGGCGGAAACAGGCUCCUGCAGUGUACCCCUGCCCUCGAAGGACACCAACGAAAUACUGCGACUAAUGCUCAGUGCGGCCAGUUCGGCGGUCACAGUCACGCCAACGGCGGCGGCAAUCAGUAACGGGAAUGUGAGCGGGAAUGGAAGCGGAAGCGGAAACGUGACCGGAGCAACUGGUGGCGCCCUGCAAGUGAGACGCUACCAGAAUGCCAGCGAUGUUGAGGAGGACGAAACUGUUGCGUACGAGGCAUUCCACCAGUCGGCCAAAAGCUUUGAGCGCGCCGCUCUCUUGCGCGUCGGCAGUUUAACAGCGCAAGAGAGCGAUAACGGUAAAGCUAGUGCUUUGAGUCCCCAGAGCAGUCCAGCCAGGGAAAUAAAAUCCACAACGAUGGGUGUCCCAGGUGGCAGGCGGAUGUUCAAGUCCUCCUCCUUGGACUGGCCCGGGGAAUCACAGCAGCAACAUCAGCCGCAGACCCAUCAACAGCCACAUCAGGCUGCAAAUCAGCUGGAGUUGGUGGAACAGCAGGCCAACGAUUCGCUUUUCCGGCACCGGGAUCACUGGGAUCUGGAGCACGUCCACUUCCAUCACGAGGGAAUCGGACAUCUCACAGGCCACGGUGCCACCGUCAUCGAUGACGAACUGGAGCAGCAUAUCAAGCACUGCUCCUGCUCCUGCAAUCACAUGGGCUACGGCAACUCAAUGGACUAUCAGACGACUGGUUUCGGUGGACUGCCCGACGUCACCGAGCACUCGAACAUCCGCCGCACACUGUCCCGCCAGAACUCGAUCUCGAACAGCGAUUCCGGCGGCGAGAUAGCCAGCAUCCAGAAGUCCAAGGUGAACUUUGGCAAUCCUCUGGCCGGGGGCGUGGUCGUGGGCGGGGACAUAGUGGGUCUGGACGCCAAAUCGCCCACAUCCCUCAAUUCGGCGACGGGAGCCGGUGCCUCUGGAAAGGCGAAGGGAAAAGCGUCGAGGAAGGCGAACGCUGGCGCAGAUGGGGGACAGAAGGGCAGAAGGGGCUCCUGGCUGGUGGCCCUCACCCUGGUCAGCGCCAUCUGUCUGCUGGCCAUCGCCGCCACCCUGGCCUACCAGCACUUCCUCAUGGCGCCCAGCCGCAACUCGCACGCCCAAAGACUGAGAAUCGUCCGCCGAAUCCUGCGCGAGGUGCCGCUGGUCGACGGGCACAACAAUUACGCCUGGAACGUUCGCAAGUACGCCCACAGCAGCCUGGAGCUCCAUCUCAGCCACGACGUGGAUCACAAGUCACUGUGGGCGCGGCCGGCGUGGGCGCAAACGGACAUGGAGCGACUCAAGCAGGGAUUGGUCAGCGUCCAAGUGUGGUCAGCAUAUGUGCCGUGCGAGGCGCAGGGCUUGGACGCCGUCCAGUUGGCUCUGGAGCAGAUCGACAUUGUGCGGCGCCUGUCGGACAUGUACGCCCGGGAAACGGUGCUGGCCACAUCCUCGCAGGACAUCGUGGAGGCCCAUCGCCGGGGACUUCUCGCCUCGCUGAUUGGCGUCGAGGGGGGUCACACAAUAGGCUCCUCGUUGGGGGUGCUGCGAUCCUUCUACUCCCUGGGAGCUCGAUAUCUCAGCCUGACCCAUCGCUGCGACGUAUCGUGGGCAGGAUCGAGUGCCUCGCCGGCUGAGCAGGGACUGACGCCCUUUGGCAAGGCCAUUGUCCGUGAGAUGAACCGGCUGGGCAUGAUGAUCGACCUGUCACACAGCUCGGAUGCCACCGCCCGGGAUGUCCUGCAGGUUACACGGGCUCCGGUCAUCUUCUCCCACUCCGCCGCCCGCCAGCUAUGCAAUUCGACGCGAAAUGUUCCGGAUGAUAUCCUGCGGCUGGUGGCCGAGAACGGAGGUCUGAUCAUGCUGAGCUUCGACUCCGAGGAUGUGGCAUGUGGACGUCAGGCACGCCUCCAGGAUGUCAUCGAGCACAUCAAGUAUGUGCGGGCCAUUGCCGGCAUCCAGCAUAUUGGCUUGGGAGCCGGUUACGACGGCAUCGAGUUGCCGCCCCUGGGACUUGAGGAUGUGUCCAAGUACCCGGAACUGCUGGCCGCUCUCCUGGAGGAUCACAACUGGAGCGAGGAGGAUGUGGCCAUGCUGGCGGGCAGGAACUUCCUACGCAUCAUGGAGACGGUGGAAACGGUGCGGGACUACUGGAAGCGGGCGGCCAUCCAGCCCAUUGAGCAGACGGAGCCUCAACCCAAGACGCAGUGCACCUACAUGUCCUCGUGACCGCAGGCGCAGGCGGUUAGGCAGCGGCGAGAUGAGCCGCCCAUGGAGCGGGCCAAUCGCACCACCGCCACUUUGGCGGGGGAGCACUUCUGGAAUCGCGGCCCUGAGUCCAAGGACUCCGCCUCCAAUCACUCCAAUCCUGCAGUCAUCGCAGCCACGGCAACGAGUUUUACGGUCAGCGAACUGCUCCAGUAAAAAGGUUUGGAUGGCAAGUCAAGGCAGGGGACUUUGGUUGGCGGUUCGGUUGGCUGGGUCUUCGGUUAAAAGAGCGAGUAAUUGGGAACGAUCCCUUGAAACCAUUAUAAAUUUAAAUUUAAACCUAAACUUAGGAGUUUCCCAAUUUUAUUUUAAUUAGAAAAAAUGAGAAGGUUGGAAAAAUGUCAAGUAUACUCCUAUUUUUAAAGCUACCUAUUCUAAACAAAUUCCUUUUAAAUAACAGUAUCCUUCUUAACUACUGUUGAUAAAAAGAUGUAUAUUAGGUGCGAAAUAUAUGAUUUCAAUCAAUAAUCGAGUUUCCAAAAAUACUGCUCUAAAGAUAAAAGGGUAUUUUAAUAUUUACUAAAUAUUUAAACAUGUAAAUAUAUUUAUUUCCCAUUUCUCCGGCAACUAUAGAGCUCGAUGGUUCCCUGCCAUUACUCGCCCUUCACACCAAAAUUGAAUAUACUCUCGUGGCAACCCUCGUGAAUAAUUAGUGUGUACUCGUAAUUUACUUCCAUAGGAUGCAUUGAUAGGCGUAUGAAUAAAUAAUAAUAAUAAAUGUACUAGUAUUUAGCCCAUAAUUGUUUGCAGCUAUACUUAUUGGUGUUGUGGCACUGCAUAAUUUAUGCACAGUGCGGAUACUUAUCGAUGUUGCUGUACCACGGGGCGUAUGCGCUACGCGACGUAACGAACCGAACCGCAAACCGAAAUCUUUCUUGGCUUGUCUGCGACUGUAUUAUACAUAUAUAUAUGUAGGGCACACAUCAAUGAUUCACGCUAAUUAUCGCAAUUAAGCGCAAUAUAUUUAAUCACGAACAUCACACAGACACCCGAAUAUAAAUCAUCAAAACGUAUUAAUUGCAGCAGACUUCCCGCAGUUGGUUGGCAUUAAUGCCAGGAUCAAAAGUCAAAAACAACAGGCGAACGCAAUUAAAAAGUGAUUUUUCACCCUGGCUGCAGUGAAUCCAUCUUAAUUUCUGCACUAGGUUAGUUAAAAACAAAAAAUCCAAAUCAAAAACAAACGAAAUGUUGUUCGUGUAUGCAUAGCUACAUAUAUACCACACACACCAAAACUGACAUAAAAGUAAACUUCAGCAGAAGCAAUGCGUAUAAUCGAAUAGAGGCACGCAUUUCCAUAAAAA